AUGCCAUUCAGUAACAGAGCGGACUUUGAAACAAAGGACACGAGACAUGGCCGGACACCACUGUCACUGGCUGCAGAGAAAGGACAUGAAGCUACCGUCAAGCUGCUUCUUGAGAAGGGUGCGGACUUUGAAACGAAGGACACGAGACAUGGCCAGACACCACUGUCAUGGGCUGCAUGGAAUGGACAUGAAGAUCUCGUCAAGCUGCUUCUUGAGAAGGGUGCGGACUUUGAAACAAAGGACACGGAAUAUGGCCAGACACCACUGUCAUGGGCUGCAGAGAACGGACAUGAAGCUACCGUCAAUCUGCUUCUUGAGAAGGGUGCGGACUUUGAAACGAAGGACACGGAAUAUGGCCAGACACCACUGUCAUGGGCUGCAGAGAACGGACAUGAAGCUAUCGUCAAGCUGCUUCUUGAGAAGGGUGCGGACUUUGAAACGAAUGAUACUUCAUUUGGAUGA